CGUAGUUUUUUCCCUUCUUCCUUCACUGACCACGGCACAAGGAACCACCAUCAGACGAGGAAUGGCCAGUGAGUAUGGCUUCGUAGAGACGGCUCGCUUCCCGGACUGCGGGGUAGGGGGCUAUGGAGCGUUCCUCAACACCACUGCCUACAGCCGGGGCGAGUGCGGGAUCAGAUGCCUGAUGGAAGACGACUGUCUUUCCUUCGAGUGGGGAGAGGAAAAUUCCACGUGUAGCUUGUUCGACUACGCUGCACUGCCGCACUUGACACCUAAAAGAGGGAUUGUAUUCGCCGAUAGCGUCGAUCCCAAAGUGGGUGAGCAACAUCCCUGUGCUGAUGACCCGUGCCUAACUGGAAAUAUCUGCACCGAAGAAUGUCAUCCUCAUGGAUAUAAAUGUCAGUGCCCACCAGGCCUUCAGGGAGACACUUGCAGCGAUCUUGCGCCAGUGGAUGGGGGUUUCUCGGACUGGGGCAACUAUUCCGAUUGUUCAGCGGUCUGCAGAGCGGUCAGCUACCGGAACUGCAGCAACCCGUGGGUGGUGGCUGACGGCAAAGACUGCGUGGGACCCAACACACGCGAGAAAUCCUGCGCCAGUCAACAGUGCAAUGUCUAUCCCUAUAUAGGUUGCUACAAGCACAGCCAGCUAGAGGCAAACUACGAUGUUGCCUUGGAAACCAGCAGUAGUGACAUGGACAUUCCACUGUGUCGGGAAACGUGCGCUGAUAGUGGCUACAAACUUGCGGCUCUGAAGGGUCAAAACUGUUACUGCAUUCGCAGCAUGCAGGCUGUAGACAUCUUUGAUGAAUCCAAAUGCACGACCAACUGCCCUGGUGAUUCUAGCCAGAAAUGUGGGGGUAAUACUUACUCCUCUGUGUACAGUGCAGGAAUAUCCUACUCUGGCACAUCCUACAAAGGCUGUUUUUCUGGCAGUAUCCAAGAUGCCAUGGUUAUCCAAACCUACACCCCAACUGUGGCCAGCUUGCCCGCAAUCAGCAAUGGCACCACACCUGAGCCCCCCUCCACCACCCCAGGCUACACAGGCCUGACUGUCCGUGAAUGCAUGGAGGAAUGCCGGGCCGACGGGUACCUCUUUGCUUCCCUGUUCAACAAGACCACGUGCAACUGCCACAACUCCAUGGAAGGGAUGGACAUGAGUUAUUCCGAAGGGGCUUGCGACAUCGAGUGUCCCGGUGGAGAUGACCAGGGGAAGUACUGUGGGGGAAGCCUUGGCUAUUCAACAUUUCAGAUGAACACUGAAGAUACAGAGUUUUGGACUGAGUGGUUCAACUUUGAUACACCCUGGGCCGACGGUCACGACAUUGAGACCACAGCAGAAGUUCAUGACACCAUGCCUUGGAUCUGUGCCAAUCCUGUGGACAUUGACUGCCGCAGGUUUGAUGAUGUUCCCUAUGACCAGACUGGUGAUAAAUUCAAUGUGGAGUGCACUGUCGAGGGAGGCAUCAACUGUACACAAGACUUGCAGGUGUAUUAUGUCAACGUGACUUUCAAUGUUUCUGACUGGCGCCUGGUGGGAAUUGAGGAAUCCUACAACGACACGGAACUGAACUGUGAGUGGGUCACACCCACAACUAUGGCAGCAAACCUUACCAUGGUAAAUAUAACCAUGGGUAAUGAGACAGUGGCUAAUGAGACCAUGGCUAAUGAGGUGACUGGAAAUGGCACAAUGAUGGACACCAACGGAACAGAUGCCAGUAAUGGGUACUUAGUCUGUAACAACCAGACCCUGGUGCUGCAACACAAUGUUACAAUAAAUGAGACAUUCUCACGACUGACCUGGAGGAUGGAUAGGAUGUCUCCACAGUGCCAGGACUACAAAUUCCGCCUCAAGUGUAGAAACGAACCGGAGAAGAUGAUUGGCUGCUUCCAUGCUGGUGAUGUCAACGACACCUUUACAGCAGCUAUAGGACUGGACGUGGGCAACUGCAGCAGCCACUGCAGCAGCCUGGGCUACCCGCUGCUGGGCUUGUCCAGUGAGCUCAACCGCUGCUACUGUGGCAACUCCAUGAAGAAUGACCCCGCCCCUACCAGCCAGUGCUUCCAUGCGUGUGGAGCAGCGAGCUAUCCAUGUGGAGGAAUUGCGAAGCAGUCUGUCUACUACGCUGGGGAUUGUAACCUAGCCUUCGGCAUCACCAAAAAUCAGAUGUCUGGUACCCCAAUGCAUAACAACGAUGCCACAGAUGAAUAUGACCUGUGGUUUGAUGCACUGGACCAGAGCCCGACCAUUGAACUGAGUAACUUCACCAACAUUGGGGUCAACAUCCCCUUCCAGCUACAAAUUGAUCUUGGGCAUGUGCGAUCCUUCAAUAGGAUGGAGACCAAAGGGAUGUACAUCUCUGGCAUAGCAGCGAUGACAGGGGUGACCCAAUUCAGAAUUGGACACAAGUUAGACCUGAAUCAUGAUACUGAGCUCCUGACUGACAAACAGUCCUUGACAGCAAAGGUUUUUACGGUGUCUUCUGUUUCUGCCACUACCUCUCACACCAUGGGACAACUGGUGACUGCACGCUUCGUCAUCAUCUAUGUAGACGACUAUGACAUGUUUCCUGGGAUCAAACUGGAAAUGUAUGGCUGCACAGACACCUAGUUUGGUUGGCAGACACUUUCCUUCUCUCACCAUGCUUUGGGAAAUGGGGGACCAGUGGGUGGAGAAAUGAUUGGACAGAUUCUGUGAAGAUAGAAUAUCACUAAUGGAUAGGGAGUAUCAUGUAGAAUAAUGUUUUAUUUGUGGGCAUUUUGAGUUGAAUCGAUUGAGUUUCAAAGUAUCUCCUUCUCCCGAGGAUGAACUGCAACAUUUCAUCCUGUUUAAUGCUCAGAACAAAUCACCUGUACAACCUCAUAUCCAACCCAUCGCCUACCUAUUUUGUGGGAUAAUUUGCAAUAGCACUAUCUUUGAAGAAAUUGAUUAAAGACUGGUCAAUGCUGAAAUGGCAAGUUUGAGUUUGUGGAAUAACCUUCUUCUAGAGAAUUUAACACUCCUGAAUUUUAACAAAUUUGCCAAACUAACAAUUGGAUUAGACAGUG